AGGUCACAAUUGGUUGGAAACCAUGGUGGAGCUUCCUUCAGGAGUGGGCGAGGAGGAAGAGCAUCACCACACGUGGACCACUGGCAACUGCCUAAGCUGCGUGGACCACGUGCGACCUGCCGAGCUGUCCAGCAUACCGGGACCUGAAGGGGAGCGGCUGCCGGGGGAUGGAGCCAGCGCCUCAGCUCCUGAUGACCAGCGCCGUAUCAGCGAUGACGGAGCUUCGACGCACAGCAUUAAUCCAUUCCAAGAGGAUCCAGUGGAAACAGAAGGCAUGCUCAGAACACCUCGCUACUACCGGGGGAUAUACUGUCCCUCAAUCACAAAUAGUUUUAAGAAUAAAGCAGUAGAGUUAUCAUACCAAAGAUAUUCGCGGAGGCAGCGACAAAAGUCACUUAUCAUGGUGAACGUUGUCGAUUUAGCACUUAAGAUAUGUCUAGCAAUAAUAUACACAGUCACAAACUUAGACGUAGCAUCACCGAGUCCGUACCAGAUCGCGUGGACAGUGGCCUUCUCCUGGCUGAAUGUAGGAGUCUGUUUGCUGGGCUGGUGGCGGUGUUUCGCCAACAACUACCUGCACUGGGCGGCUGCAGCUACCUGGAUACUACUUAUCGCUCAAGGUAUAAGCGGGCAAGGCAUCGGUUUCCAGGACUCGGAGAACCAAGUAUGGUACAUGCUGUUCAUAGUGUUCGUGCCAUACGCCAUGUUACCUCUCUCCCUGAUUUGGUGCAUCGUCAUCGGGACCCUGUCCUUCUUGGCACAUAUCCUGGCUACUGCGCUGGUCAUCAAGGAACGCAUGGAUGAUACUAGGAAAGCUGUUAAUUGCAGUAUUAAUUCGUACACAUGCAGUCUUCGCCUUAUUAUCGGUAACGCCUUGUUAUACAUAGCUGUCAACUUUGCUGGUAUGUAUGCCAAGUCACUCGCGGAUUGGGGACAGAGGAAGGCGUUUUUGGAGACCAGGAGGUCGAUGGUGACGAGGGAGAGGACUAAGAGGGAGAGUGACCGGCAGUGGAAGCUAUUUCAGAGUGUUAUACCAGACUUCCUGGCGAAGGAGAUAUACGGGCACGUGAACAAAGUGAAGGGAGAGUUUCAAGAGCAGCAGUUCAAUAACCUUUACAUACAGCAGCAUCAUGACGUCUCCAUACUAUACGCUGACAUCAAAGGAUUUACUGAACUAUCGAGUAAAUGCAGUGCACAAGAGUUGGUGAAGCUACUGAAUGAGUUGUUCGCCCGCUUCGACAGGUUGGCAUCGGAGAACCACUGCCUCCGUAUCAAACUGCUUGGAGACUGCUACUUCUGUGUGAGUGGACUGCCAGACAGGCGCGAGGACCACGCCCACUGCUGCGUCAACAUGGGCCUGCACAUGAUACGAGCCAUCCGAGAUGUACGAUACAAUGCACAGGUGGACUUGGACAUGCGCAUCGGUAUCCACAGCGGUAAGGUGCUCUGCGGAGUGCUGGGGCUCCUGAAGUGGCAGUUUGACCUGUGGUCACAUGAUGUCACCCUAGCUAACCACAUGGAGAGUGGCGGCCUACCUGGUCGCGUCCACAUAUCGUCUUCAACCCUUGAAUGUCUGAACGGUGCGUUCGAAGUGGAGCCAGGCGACGGCGGGAGUCGGGACCCAUACCUGCGGGAACACAAUCCUGUCACCUACCUCAUCAAGAGCACGGAGCAGCCUCGACGGAUGCGACAUCGGUCUAGAACUAGUGUACCACAACAACCUCAAACUAACUGGGAAUCCACACCGCGACGACCGAGCAGCUCCAUCGAUGAAGAGAUGACAGCUGACUGGACACCUGAGAUGCCCUUCCAAAAUUAUUACGUGAGCAGUGCAGCGAGAGUAGCGAGAGCCUUCAACAGAAAUCAUGACGACAAUAAACAAGAUCCGGAAAUCGAUGACGUGCCUCCACUCGCUGAUGUCGAAGAAGACGACAUAAUAAACCACUCAAUAGAGGUGAAGUCUAACCGUCGUAUGCGCGUGAGCAACAUGCACGGCUGGUCGCUGAAGUUCAGACGCCCGUCAUUGGAGGACAAGUUCGGACAGGUCGACGAGAAGACAUUCAAAUCUAAUGUCAUGUGCUGUCUAGUGCUGUGGCUGUUCAUAGUCGCUGUGCAGAGCUUAGUGCAUUUCAAUUGCCACUACCUGGUGAUAAUUCUAGCGGCGAUGACGGUUCCCUUCACUCUCUCCUUCGUGCUGGUGAUGCUGGAAGAGUUUCCUGGUAUCUUACCACGUCUCUCUAAGGUCUCCGCCUACCUCAGCUCCACGCGGACUAUCAAGAAUAUUCAUAUCUGCUGCUUCAUAACUGCCAUGUCUUUGUCCAGCACAAUAAAACUGUACGUGUGUCCGCCGUCAUUUGUUCCCGAGUCUAUAAUCGACGCAGCUUCCUCGAAUGUUUCAUGUAACAUAACGGACUCCGAAUUGAAUGAUCCAGACGAGUGCUACCGGCCGGAGUACGUGGUGUUCACGUGGGUGCUGUGCCUGGUGGCGCUGACGUCGGUGCUGAAGCUGUACUACCUCAUCAAGACGCUGCUGGCCACCGUCAACGUGCUGAUGUACUGCAUCCUUCUGCUCCGCUUCUACAACUAUAAGAACUAUAACCAAAGUACGCACACCACAUUGCCAGCCUACGUGCAAAUGUUGAUCUUGAUGGCAGUGUUCCUAGUGGUAGUGAUAUACCACGGGCGGCUGGUUGAAGUGACGUCACGCCUCGACUUCAUAUGGAAGCUGCAGGCGGAGACAGACCUGGAUGAGAUGGAGGACACACAGAAGACGAACAGACAUCUCCUCAAACAUAUCCUGCCGGAUCACGUCGUUGUACACUUCUUGAGUAGGGAUUGGUGUCCUGAUGAGCUAUACUCCCAGUGGCGCGACGAGGUGGGCGUGAUGUUCGCCGGCAUCCCCAACUUUGACGAGUUCUACUCGGAAGAGAAGGCGGUGGAGUGCAUGCGAGUGCUCAACGAGAUCAUUUUUGACUUUGAUAAGUUGCUGAUGCAGCAACGCUUCAAAAGCAUUGAGAAGAUCAAAACUAUCGCAGCUACUUAUAUGGCUGCUUCUGGACUCAAUCCUAAUCACCAUAAGACGGGUGAGGACAAUUGUGAACACCUGUGCGCGCUGGUCGACUAUGCUUUCGCUCUAAGGGAAGCGCUAGAAGACAUCAGUAAACACAGCUUCUACAAGUUCCGGUUAAGAGUUGGUAUAAGUUGUGGUCCCCUGGUGGGCGGAGUGAUAGGCGCUCGGAAGCCGGUGUAUGACAUCUGGGGCAACACCGUCAAUGAGGCUUCCAGGAUGGAGACCACUGGCGCCAUGGACAAGAUACAAGUCACCAAAUAUACUAAGCAGCUAUUAGAACUUCGCGGCUAUGCUCUGGAGCGCCGUGGAGCAGUGGAAGUAAAGGGCAAGGGUCGCAUGGAGACAUGGUGGGUGACGCGGCCCCGCGGCGCGGCCGGGCCGGCGCGGGCGUCGCCCGCCGCGCCCGCCCCGCCGCGCUCGCUGGCCGCCCUCGUGUACACCAUGCUGCAGGCCAGGAAGAGGAUAUACACGCAUCCACUGGAUACUGCUGCUAUGUCUAAACGAGGCGGUAGUGUGCGCACAAGUCGAGCAGACACCGCGCCGGGGGGAUCAGCCAGACGGUCGGAGCUACGGCGGGCGCGGACACGACAUGCCAGAUCAACUGGCAACGAGUUAGAGCUGGGAGCGAUCAGGCCUCACUCGAGUAGUCUAGUAGUGCGUAGGGCGGACAUGUCGGCGGCGCCGCCCGCGUCGCUGUCGGCGCCGCACACGCCGACCGGCGCCGCGCACCCGCCCGGCACUGCGCACGCGCACGGCGCCGUGCAGCACACUCCGCACUCACUGCCGCCGCGGGAUAAACAAACUAAGCUGGGAUUAGGAGCUCGUCUAAAAGCAGCAAGCUUCUCAUCAAGAACCAGACCCAGGGAUAGAUCGCCGAACAUACGAGAACAACCGCACGAAGGUUCAGGCGCCUCUAUGGCAACGGUACACCUGGCUCCUUCCGCAUAA